AUGGUCUACCGUGGGAAACCCAGUGCAGCCUGUUCCUCGUGUCGGGCCCGCCGGCUCAAGUGCGAUCAGAAACGCCCCUCGUGUUCCUCCUGUCUGCGAGCCAAGCGAAUCUGCACUGGAUACCGCGAUGUAGCCGCUCUUAGUUUCCACGAUCAGACUGCCGAAGUGGUCGAGAAGGCCAAUCGUCGUCCAGAACCGCAUUCAGAAUACAACGUAUCCCCUCAGGCAAAUGCGUCCGAGGUUGCAUCAUCUUCCGACGAAAGUGCUUAUGAUCUUUUCGCACUGCAGCCCGUGUCUGUACCAAUAGUCGAUCAAGGCAUUACUUAUGUCCUGACCUAUCAUGUCGGAUCGGCUCCUCGUUCGGGGUCUGGGCACCUGUCGUUCUUACCCUCCCUAUUGCAGCAGGAGCCGAGUCCUGCUGUUAUGGCGUCCAUAAAUGCGAUGGGACUGGCAGCACUAGGUAACAUCCACGGCAGUCCUCACCUUAUCCGCGCGGCACGCCAGCAGUAUACUAUCGCGCUAUCGGAGACAAAUACUGCCCUGCAAGAUACCAUCACUGCCAAGUCUGAUGCCACACUCGCCGCGGUUCUUGUCUUGGGACUGUACGAGAUCAUAACCUGCCAGAGCCAUUCUUUGAUGGUGCGCUGGGCAGAUCACAUUGAAGGUGCGAUGGCUCUUAUUAAGCUACGCGGCUCAGAGCAGCUACGAAGCCCGGUUGGACUCGAACUAUUCACACAGUUGCGCGGCCAAUACACUUUGAGUAAUCUAUACCGGAAGAAGGCGACUCCAGCAUGGCUGAUGGCCUUGUCAGAGGAGACAGUCGCCAUGCGGGGACCACACCAGUCCUCUAUGGAACCAUUCUUCAAGUAUCUGGCCAAGGUCAGCGAGCUGUGCGCACAAGUGGGUCGUAAAGCGAAGACGCCCCAUGAAACUAUUCAGGAGGCACUGCAAUUGGAUGCUAUGCUGGCUGCGUGGGCCUUGACCGUCGGUCCAGGCUGGCAGUACUCGGUGCUCGACGCCGCAGUCGCCGGUGAUAACAAGCCUUCUGAGCAGCAUAUUUACGGCGAUUACUACCAUGAGUAUCCUGAGAUUGGCAUCGCUGUCAUGUGGAACACGUAUAGAUUGACGCGGAUCGUUGUUCAUGAGGUGAUCGCUGCUGUCUGCGAGCGACUGUGGAGGCGAUCGAGAGGCAACAACAGCGAACUCUGGGCGACCAUUCGCCAGAGCGCUGCAGUUACCCGUCAGCUAGCGGAGGAAGUAUGCGCCGGUGUCCCUUACUUCUUCGGUUUGGCUCGCUCUAACAAAUCGCUAACUGAGGCAUCCGGAUUGAUCCGUCUACACUGGACGUUGUUUGUUGCAUCCGACUGUGUUGGAAGCACUCCCCGCAUGAAAGCCUGGAUUACGAGUCGCUUGAAAGAGAUCGGUAGACGAACAGGAGUUCAACAGGCACUGUCUAUGACAGAUUACCUGCUUGGAGACGUGUCUCUCAACUGGAUGAAGCAAGAACUGCAGGCUAUUGACAAUUUUCAGGAGCAUUCCCAAGGUCACGUUUCAUCUGAACCUAGAUUGCUCGUGAAUGUGAGAGGGAUGAAAAAACACCAGUCGAAGCUGAACCAGUGAAAGGCGGAGCAUUGGAAGAUUGGUUGGAAUCUGGCGUCGGCCAAAUCGCGUCCGACGUGACCUGUAUCAGUGCAGCGCUAAUGGUUAAGAAUUGUUACCGUUGUUUAUCGGUGCUGAGCUGCGGAUGAACA